CAAUUGUGAUUAAGGAAGAAAGAAAAUUUAGAGAAGGUGAGUAGUGAUCCAUGGAGGUGAGGGAAAGAGAUGGUGUGCUUGUGGUUGCAUUCCCAGUCCAAGGCCACAUGACUCCUCUCCUCCAAUUUUCCAAGCGCUUGGCCUCCAAAGGCCUCUCCCCCACCUUCGCCCUCACCCUCUUCCUCACCAAAUCCAACCCCUCUCCCCCCUCCUCUGUCCGCUUCGCCACCUUCUCCGACGGCGCCGACGACACCGGCUUCGCCCACGCCCCCGACGCCGCCGCCUACCUCUCCGGCUUCCGCGCGGAGGGCUCUCGCACCCUCGCCGACCUCAUCCGGGCUAACCAGAUCGCCACUUCCGGCCGCCCCCCGUUCCGGUGCAUCAUAUACGACUCGUUCUUGCCCUGGGUUUUGGACGUCGCCAGGGAGUUUGGGCUGCCGGCGGCCGCCUUCUUCACUCAGUCUUGCGCCGUCGAUUGGGUGUAUUACUGGGCCUAUCGCGGUGCGAUCCGCUCGCCGGUUCCCUCGUCUGUGUCGCUGCCGGGGAUGCCGGAGAUGGCCCACGGGGACUUGCCGUCGCUGGUGACGGUGCCGGAGUCGUACCCGAUGUUCUCUGAAAUGCUGCUGAACCAGUUCUGUAACUCCGACGAGGCUGAUUGGCUGUUGGUCAACUCUUUCUACGAGUUGGAGAAGGAGGUGGUGGAUUCAAUGUCAAAGGUUAGUCCACUGAUGACGAUUGGACCGACAGUCCCAUCUUUCUACUUGGACAAUAGAGUUCAAAAUGAUAGUGACUAUGAUUUCAACCUCUACAACUUAGACUCCGAUUCGUGCACCCAUUGGCUUGACACCAAGUCAAAGAACUCUGUUGUAUAUGUAGCAUUUGGUAGCAUGGUUAGUCUCCAAAAAGAACAAAUGGAUGAAAUAGCAUGGGGCUUGAAGAGAAGCAAUUCCUACUUCUUGUGGAUAGUUAGAAAGUCUGAGGAGGACAAGCUCCCUGAAAACUUCAUCGAAGAGACUUCAGAAAAGGGCCUUGUGGUGAAUUGGUGUCCCCAACUGAGGGUACUCUCGAACCCCGCUGUGGGGUGCUUCUUUACACAUUGUGGUUGGAACUCAACCAUGGAGGCCUUGAGCCUCGGCGUGCCAAUGGUGGGGAUGCCGCAGUGGACGGAUCAACCGACAAACGCGAAGUUCAUUGCAGAUGUUUGGAAGGUGGGAGUUCAGGUUAAGGUUGAUGAGGAGAGUGGCAUUAUUGGGAGAGAGGAGGUAGAGAGGUGUGUAAGAGAGGUGAUGGAAGGGGAGAGAGGGAAGGAGAUGAAGAGGAAUGCUGAGAAAUGGAGGGAUUUGACUAAGGAAGCUGUUAGUGAAGGUGGGAGUUCUGAUAAGAACAUUGAUGAUUUUGUACACAAAAUAUUGGGUUCCUAGAAAACUAGAUAGCAACUAAUAUUGAAAUGUUGAAGAGUUGAUUUGUAUUUUGAAUGUUAUCUCUAUUUGGUAUUUGGGAAAUGGUGAAUGUAAUAUGCUCAAAGCUAGCAUACACGUAUAUGUGUGUGUGUAUAUAUACACAUACAUGCAUACUUGUCUUAUUAAUUGAUUUGGUUGCACUAA